AUGUCUCAAGCCAGUGAGGACCUGUCCACUCAGGCGCUAGAUGCGUUUAACCGUCCGUCUAUCUCUAUCGGAUCUGGCGAAGAGGCAUUCGAGCCAUGCCUUGAAUCUACCACUCCGCCGGAGGCCAUCCCAACUGAAAGUUUGUCUCACUCUCAACCCAUAUUAACCACCAGCAAGGCCCUUACUGACCCCUCGGUAGACAAUGCCUUGGACGAAAAUCACAACGUUGCGGGCCCCCCAGUCGACGAUAACGAAGCACCGCCCCCCUACCCCAUUGAGUGGAAGCAUGGAAUCGCUCCUCAUGACACUGGUGAGGGACCUUCUCGUUCCGCCAACGCUCCUGAGGUGUCAAAGUGGUCUUCUUCGUCCGGGAGCACCGCCGCCGAACCUGCGCCCUCCUUGUCCCCAGAUGACAGAGCAGCAUUGGUCGAGGCCCUUGCAUUGACCCCGACCGUAUCUGCGCCUGUUGUUACCGAGCCAAUUCCUGAGUGUGGUCCGGCGACAAACGCGAACGCCAUAAACAAGACACGGCGUGGGCCGCGCUCCGAGUUCGCUCGGGUUCGAGCCAGAUACUUCUGGCGACGGACAAAGGCCCUAAAAAGGCGCGCCGCUACCUUUCUAAGUGAUUUGGCCUUUUAUGGAAUUUUCAAUCACCCAGCCCGUGACCCUCUCACGAUCAAUGCUGAAGUGAUAGAUGGAAUAUCUAUCACGGAAUCCGAACUCAGAGAACUCCGAGCCUACGAGCAGCGUGUCGAGACAACCUGCACAAGCCCUCGCCCUUCUUCGCCGAUCCUUGUGCCUAACGCCCCUGAAGGCCCUCACCCCGAUGAAGAAGAACAGACCGCUCCCCAAGGCGGAAGAAAGUACCGGGUGCGUGUGGCGACCGGGACCAAAAGGUUUGUCACCAAGGCCCUAAAGGCCAUCAAGUCUAUGGGAAGAAAGAGAGGUUGA